AUGUCUGAAUCAUCAAUAUCCAAAUCAUCAAAUUUCCAACUCACAUUAUCAGACGAGUCAAAGGAAAGAAUUGUUAGACUUUUAGAUUAUUCUAAAACAAUUGCUCAUUAUGGGUUUAUUCCAUUGGUGUUAUAUUUAGGCUGGUCAGCUACUUCAAGUAAACCAUCCAUUUUGAACUUAUUAUCACCAUUCCCAUCUGCCUAA